AUGUUGCUUGAGGCCGCUGUUGCUGCUCAGGGAUAUCACGAUGGUAGCCGGCACGGGGGUGUUCCUGAUGCUGCCGACGGAUGGGACAUCUGUUGUGCUAACUUCACGUUGAAAUCGGUGGCCGAUGAAUUUGAAUAUAAGUAUGGUAAGAAGGCAGCCGAUUUUGUAAGGAACCAGUUCUAUGUCGACGAUGGGCUUAGAUGUGACAGUGCAGCCCAAGGGGCGAUAAAUUUGGCACAUUCUGUCACUAAACUCGUUGCUGAACGUGGGUUUAGAGCGCACAAAUUUGUGUCACAUAGUAGGGAAGUGUUAAAGGCCAUACCACAAUCAGAAUGGGGAAAGAACAUUCAGAAACUCGACUUGAAGUAUGCCGAUUUGCCAAUAGAGAGGACAUUGGGCAUGGAAUGGCAUGUUGAGUGUGACGCAUUCGGAUUCAGCCUUAACCUGAGGGACAAACCCCUCACGCGUAGGGGAAUUCUGUCUACAGUCGCGUCUAUAUUUGAUCCCCUAGGGUUGGUUUCCCCUGUUAUCUUGCGUGGGGAGGCUAUCUUGAAGGAGCUAUGUCAACAGAAGGUGGAUUGGAACACCGAGAUACAAGACGACGUUAAGAUGAGAUAG